UUCUUCGGCUACUUCAUGAUUUGGCUCUCUGUCACCAAAAAAAUCUCCACUCCCCAAAUCUGGAAAAUGUGUCUCUACAUUUGCAUCGGCGCCAAUUCCCAAUCCUUCGCCAACACCGACGCUCUCGUCACCUGUGUCAAGAACUUCCCCGAGAGCCGCGGCGUUGCUUUGGGCCUCCUCAAGGGGUUCGUUGGGUUGAGCGGAGCGAUUAUCACUCAGCUCUACCGUGCUUUCUAUAGAGACGACUCCAAGUCAUUGAUUUUACUUAUUGGUUGGCUUCCAACGGCCAUUUCAUUUGCCUUUUCACGAAUGAUUCGGAUCAUGAAAGUGGUUCGACACCCGAAUGAGUUAAAAGUUUUCUGUAAUUUUCUUUAUAUUUCGCUAGGGUUAGCCGGGUUUUUAAUGAUUAUGAUUAUUUUCCAGAAAAGAUUUAACUUUACGCAGAGCGAGUACGGCGGCAGUGCUGCCGCUGUAGUCGUUCUGCUGUGUUUACCGCUCGUGGUAGUUAUAAAAGAAGAGUAUAGUAUUUGGAAGAGCAAAAAAGAAGCCCAACUCCAACUCCAACUCCAACCACAAUCCAUUGAUUUGAAAAUCGUAACCGAAAAUCAAAAUACAGAAACAAUUUUGCCACCAUCGGCGACCAGUAAUGGUGGUGGAGAAGUACUAGUACUACCAACAUCACAAAAACAGGCUGAUUCUGAUUCAGUUUCCUGUUGGAGAACCAUGUUCCGGCCACCGAACAGAGGCGAUGACUACACAAUCCUCCAAGCGCUCUUCAGCAUCGACAUGCUGAUCCUCCUCUUCGCCACCACCUGCGGCGUCGGAGGAACUUUAACAGCCAUCGACAACCUCGGUCAGAUCGGAGCUUCGCUCGGAUACCCAAAACGGAGCAUUAGUACUUUCAUAUCACUCGUCAUCAUAUGGAAUUACCUUGGCCGAGUAGUCGCCGGGUUCGUCUCAGAAAUCGUUCUAACCAAAUACAAGUUCCCUCGCCCACUCAUGCUCACCCUCAUCCUCCUCCUCUCUUGCCUCGGUCACCUCCUCAUCGCCUUCAACGUCCCCAGCGGCCUCUACAUUGCAUCAAUCAUAAUCGGAUUCUGUUUCGGAGCUCAAUGGCCAUUGCUGUUCGCAAUCAUAUCAGAAGUAUUUGGACUCAAAUACUACUCCAGAUUAUACAAUUUUGGAUCAGUGGCGAGUCCAAUUGGAUUUUAUAUACUCAAUGUCAGAGUCACCGGACAUUUGUACGAUAAGGAAGCUGAACGACAAAUGAGAGCGUCAGGGGUGAUCAGGAUGGCCGGGCAGGGCUUGAAUUGUGUUGGGGUGGAUUGUUUUAAGCUUUCUUUCAUUAUUAUCACCGCGGUGACGGUGUUAGGAGCGCUUGUUUCGGUGCUUCUGGUAAUCAGGACUAGGAAGUUUUAUAGGAGUGAUAUUUAUAAGAAGUUUAGGGAGGAGGCGGAGAAGGAGAUGGCGGUGGCCGGAAAUGGGGCGGCCGGACUGGUUUAUUGUAUUGGAAAAUGUGUUUAAAAUGAUAGUGGAAUGUAAAGUUACCAAAUUGC